GUGAAAGGCCGGAAGUGGGGUUGGACAGGUUAUCCCCAGGGGUGGGGAAGCAGAGGGCCUGGAGGAGGGGGGGAUGAGAAGCUAGAGGUCCUGGCCACUACUCCGAAUCGUGUACCGGUUCUCUUAGAUCUCAGAGGCGCAGAAAAAGGGAAGGGUGUCUCAUCUCGCUUCCUCCCUUUUCGCUUUAGCCAUGGCGGAGGCAGGGGCCGGGCUGAGUGAGACCGUCACUGAGACAACGGUUACCGUGACAACCGAGCCCGUGAGAAAGGAGAAUCGGAGCCUAACCAUUAAACUUCGAAAACGGAAGCCAGAGAAAAAGGUGGAAUGGACGAGUGAUACUGUGGACAAUGAACACAUGGGGCGCCGCUCCUCAAAAUGCUGCUGUAUUUAUGAGAAGCCUCGGGCCUUCGGUGAGAGCUCUACUGAGAGUGAUGAGGAUGAAGAGGAAGGCUGUGGUCAUACACAUUGUGUACGCGGUCACCGCAGAGGACGGCGCCACACAACCGCAGGGCCCACCCCAACCACCCCUCCACAGCCUCCUGACCCCUCCCAGCCCCCUCCAGGACCUAUGCAGCACUGAAUCCCUGUCUCCAUUAUUCAUGUGUCUGCCUGGCCCCAAAUGUAUCCAUCUGGCUACAUGGGGACUCAACCCAUGGUCUGAUCCCUUCUCCUGCCCCCUUCUUGCCUCUCCUGCCUGAUAGAGAAGAGGGAGAGGAGGGUAGGUAGAGGUCUUGGAAUUCUGACUUGCUGCUGUUCCAGAACCCAAGCAUCUGGGUUCUCCUUCCUUAAAGUUUGCUCCCUUGCCUGGGAUCCAGGCAUCUUUGUCCUGGCCUGUCCCUUUUGUUCUCACUGCCAAAAUACCUGUCCUGGGAUCCAGUUACCUUGGCCACCUGCACCCUCAGCUUGAGUCCCAAGGACUUAAACUGGGUUCUCAACAGUCCCAGCUUUCACUGCCAGGGCCCCAGUCAGACCCCAGGCAAUCUUGCACUCAAGCGCUGUGUGUUAAUCCUGGCUUAUAGUUCUACUUAUGCAGUUAUUCCAAGUCUUAGUUCUUGCUUGUGGGAUGUAAGGUUGUAUGGAGACCAUAGGGCUUCCAGCCCUUCUACUCUACCCCUUCUGGCCCUCAAAAGGACUUAGGAAAGGUCUUUCUCAUUCACACCUCUAAAGGAAAGUGGAACCAAAAAUAGUCAUGAGUACAUUUCUGACAACGCUGGCUGAGACCACUGACUUAGAGCUAACGACUUUCUCAGCCUUUACUCUUGGAGCGUCAGCAUUGAUAGGAGGGCCCUGAGGCCCUGAAAGGAGGAGAGCGCAAAGAGAUGGGGGAUGGGCCUGCAGUACACUCCUACGCUUUUCCUUCCUGGGCUGUACAGUCUCUCCCCGCCCGGAUGCCCCGCUCUCCCCGCUCUCCCAGCGCUCCUCCGCUGCUGCUGGGUUCUGGCAUUGUUCUGUCAUUGCCAGACAGUCUCUCCCCGCUCCUCCGCUGCUGCUGGGUUCUGGCAUUGUUCUGGAGGCGUCCAGCUGUGCACAGUACAGAGAUCAGCAAAACCCAUGCCACCUCUGAGAUCUCUUUUAUUGCCACAGAUGCACAAAAAUAAAUAACCCAACAUUGCA